AUGAGCACUUCGAACCACAGUCAAUGGCCCCCUAAAAGACCUUCCAAGAGAAAUAAGCUACGAAAUGGCACUGUGAUCAUACCCGAUACGGGCGAGCGAAGCCAUCGCCAGUUCACCCUCCGAAACCCGAGCAUCGACAACGAUCGUUCCGAUGACCCUGAUGGCUACCGGUCUCUUUUGCUGUCCGAAACAAACAGCGAGCGCGCCCAUACCAUAGGACACAAUGUCAAGACGAGCUUUCUGAAGUUCUGGGACUUCCUCCGGUCUCCAGCUGGCAAGGGUGUGCUCAAGUGCACCCUUGCCUACCUUCUCGGCAGUAUGGCCACUUACCUCGAACCGAUCUCUGAUUUUUUGGGGAAACCCGAUGGCAAGCAUGUCGUCGCCACGAUCACUGUAUACUUUCAUGCCAAUCGCACUUGGGGCUCAAUGGUUGAAUCAGUCCUCAUCGCAUUCUGCGCUAUCGGCUACGCCCAGAUCAUAUCCAUGCUAUCCAUGGGCUUGUCUGUGCUGGGCAACGAAGUUGGCUUCCAAGUUUUGUCGCAUGUCAUGAUAUUGAUCAUCUGCAUUGGUUUCGGCCUUGGAUUCGUGGGCUGGAUCAAGCAGAGAAUGAACAGCCCCUUGGUGAAUGUCGGGUGCACACUAGCAUCCAUCGCCAUUAUCACCAUUGUUACCAAAGAAGAAGCUGUUCAAGGUGGAUACUUGUCGUCUAUCAAGGUUGUGCAGGUCUUCAAGAUUCUUGUCAUGGGUGUUUCUAUCACUGCACUCGUUAACAUCUUAGCUUGGCGAACGUCUGCGAGGGCGGGUCUGAGAAGCACCAUGAACACGUCAGCGGAAUCUCUUGGAGACUUGCUUGCCAUGAUUGCCCGCGGUUUCCUCAACGGCACCGAGGAGGAGCUGUCGUCUGGUGACUACACCCGAGUGGACAAGGAUUUUAAAGCAUCAUACACCAAGAUGACCACAAACUUGCGAGAGGCAAAGCUGGAGCACUAUAUCCUUGGUCGUGAGACGAUCUACAAGAUGGACAGAGAGGUCGUCAGAUGCUUCGAGGUCCUUGCUCAGUCUAUUGGAGGUCUUCGCAGCGCCGCGGAGACUCAGUUCGCUCUCCUGAAGGAGCUACCUCAGGACGGCCCCAACAGUAUCCAGUCCCCCGGCGGCACCGUCAUUUACUCGCCAACUUUGACGCGUGCCAUGUCGCAGUAUCUUAAGAACACGCGCGACAAGGCCGCGACACUGGCAGCAAUCGAAGAGUCGGAGGAACUGGAGAUGGAGUAUCGUGCCAGCGCCGAAGAGGGCUCGAACUGUUCCUCUGCAAACCCUUUGACGUCAUUCCGGGCGCCGUCAGAGAUAUUUGAACUAUUCAUUGCUCUGUUGGGCCCAUCAAUGAAGUCUUUGGCCUAUACCCUGUCGGAAAUCCUGAGAGAUCCAACCUUCGGACCACCGCCCAAGUACGAUAUAAGCAUUAACGAGAAUUUUCGACAGAGUCUUAAAGAUGCUCUGGGUGUUUACAACGAUACGAGAACAAGUGCACUUCGAGACCUGUACAAAAGCAUUGAGCUGGGAAGAGCCAGGACAGAGAAGAUUCAGGCCGACAUUGAAGAAGUGGCGGCUGCGUGCGGCCACUUCAGUUUCAGUCUGCAGAACGUGGCCGAAGACAUCGAUGCCUACUUGACGGUUUUGGAGGACUUGAAGUACGCGCGCGCUACCAGUGGGCACACCUGGCGCUGGUUGAAGUUCUGGAAACAAUGGGAAAAGCCUGCGGUCAAGCCUGACCCCAACGACCCCGACCAAGAAGCCCUUUUGCAACCUUCAGCAGCCGAGGAAACACCCAUCAGGCCCGUCCGCAAGUCUGGUAUGCCGUCCGGCAUGCCGGCAGAGAUGAUGAAUCGGCGCGACACCUUCAACUGGGAUGCCUCUCCUGACGCAAGUUCUUUCUUGCGAUCCUUCUCGCAAUGGUGUCUGAAGGCUAUGAGGUUCCUAGCCCGAGAUGAUAUUCGAUUCGGCAUCAAAGUAGGUCUGGGCGCCAUGCUAUGGGCCAUGCUUGCUUUCCUUCCCGCCACCAGACCCAUCUAUAAGCACUGGAGAGGCGAAUGGGGUCUUCUGUCCUUCAUGAUUGUCACGAGCAUGACCGUAGGCGCCGCCAAUACCACUGGUACAGCAAGGUCUCUCGGCACAUUGUUCGGCGGCUGCUUUGCCCUGAUCUUUUGGGCCGUCAGUCAAGGCAACGGUGUUGUUCUGGCCUUUUCCGGUUGGGCCAUCAGCUUCGGCAGCUUCUAUGUCAUGCUGGUUCUCAAGAACCCACCCCUUGGCCGAACCACGCUUCUCGCAUGGAAUGUAACCGUUCUUUACGCAUAUUCGCUGUCGCAGAAGGUCGACGAUGACGACGACGACGAGGGCGGCCUGAACCCCAUGAUGGGUGAGAUUGUGUACCACCGACUUGUAUCUGUCAAUCUCGGUAUUCUCUGGGGCAUCGUUGUCUGCCGGAUGAUCUGGCCUAUUUCGGGCAGGCGCAAGUUCAAAGAAGGACUGACAAUUCUUUAUGUACAACUCGGCCUCAUCUGGAGGCGUGGACCUUUGGCUAUCCUGCUCAAUAGCGACAGUACGCGGUCUUACAUGAGGGCUGGCGAGGAGAAGGCUGUGCAGCGAUAUGCGCUGAAACUUGACGCUCUUCGAGCGUCAGCUAAGUCCGAGUUCGAACUUCGUGGCCCCUUCCCCGAUGAUGCGUAUGCGCGCAUCAUGCAAUCCACGCUCAGGAUCGUUGACGGCUUCCACGCCAUGCGCCUCGUGACAUCGAAGCGCGGGAGUCUUUCAGCUGGCGAACGUGCUCUCCUAUUACAUACGGCAGCCGAGCGAGCUCAACUUUGUGACCGCAUUUGCCACGUCUUCCAGGUUCUGGCCAGUUGUUUCAUGCUCGAAUACCCCUUGACAGACGCCAUCCCAUCGGUGGAGGGCACCAAGGACAGGCUCCUGGGUAAAAUCUACCAAUUUCGUAGAGAGCACCAGCCAUCGCUCGCUGCAGUCAAGGAAGACGACCAAGAGGACGACGCUGGUGUGAAUGACAAUGAAGCGACGAAUGGAAACGGGAACGGGAACGGGCAUGGGAAGGCCAAGCUGAAGCCACCCAAGCUCGAGCUGCACGUAACGGCUGAGGAGAAGGAUUAUGCUCUGCUCUACGCAUAUACGCUGGUAACGGCCCAAGUCGCGCAUGAGCUGCAAUGCGUGCAAAAGGAGAUGGAAGGUCUCUUUGGUGUGCUGAACGACGAAUCGCUGCUCCUGCGGUAG